GAGAAAUGUGAAAUUUAUCGUAAAUAUUAUUGUGGUGAAACGUCAUACAAUGAAUGUUUGUUCUAAUCAACUAACGCGACUAUCCACCCGUUUCAAUUGAAACAGAUCUCAGUAAUGCUCCCCCAAUAUGAAAGAUUUGGGGAUAGCACUACCAGUUCGGUUGAUCAAACUGGUCGAAGUGCGGUUCGAAUUCGUUUUGGUAAACUGGCAGUGAUUACGGUAAUGUUUCCUGUGUUAGGAUUCCUGUUCUGUGUAAUUUGGUCUCUAAUGUACAAUUUUGAACAAGCCAAUUCGACACACUGUCUUGUAUAUAAUUUUUUGCCUUCACUAUCGGCGGCGAUUGGAAAUUAUCAGCCACAACGCUUUGUUUGGCAAUUUUCCGUACUAGUACACGCACCACCGCGGUACGCAAUAGCAUUUCUCUACAAAAAUUUUCACUUGGGUCUGCUACGCAAACGACGAAAGGAAUUGGCCUAUUUAGCAUGUGUUCUAAAUAUCACCGAGCUCAGCUCGCUAGUCGGGCUUACUUUGUGGACGUCGAUUGAUAACUAUGAGGUGCACAAGUUUUGCUUCAGCACGUUUGUAAUCGCUUCGAUGAGCUACAUGAUAAUACAAAUUAUCAUCAAUAAAAUAACCCGAGAACAAGACAUCCUUUCUACAUCAGAACGAAAAUCUUUAAAAUACAAAAAAAGACUGUUCCUAGCAAAUCUAUUUUCAAUUCUGCUGGCAGUUUAUUUUUUUGUUAGGCACAAUACUUAUUGCGAACCUGGAGUCUAUUCGCUCUUCGCUCUGAGUGAGUACGUGUACGUAUACAGCAAUAUUGGUUUUCAUAUGACGGCCUAUUGGGAUUUUAUUAGCGCAAACCUUUACUUCGACUGUAAAAACGGAAUACAUUUAUCGGGCAUUUAAACGAAGAAUGGAGAUAGUCCGUUACAAUGGUGCAUGCAAAACACUAGGAAUUGACUUUUGUAUAAAAAAUCGUUUUCUCUUCUAAGUAUUUGUCUACGUAUCAGGUUUUAGCGGUAUGUAAAUGAUGCUUACGCAGUUUGGGAAAGGCAUCAGUGAAGAAAAAAUGACAAGUAUACAUUUCGGUGUUGAGCUAUAUUGUUUUAGCUGUUUUUAUUGGCUUUUUAAUCAGCUAAUAAAAUGUUGGAUUGUUUUUGCUUGUUA